AUGCCGCCCGUUGCGACAGCGUCGACGACAAACGAGUUAUUGACGUUCCUCUCGAGCAGCGACUGUUUGCCGCCGCUGCUCGAGCGUCUCGAUGACUUUUUGACACGUGCGACUGCUCAACAGAUACAGGUGGACCCUCUUCUUAGCGCCAGCAACGACAGCAGUAGAGGCGAAGCGCUCGACACGGCGGACGUCGCGGCUGUUGAGUUGCUCGUGCGACGUCUACUAUACGCUGCGCCGGCCGUGCUGGCGAUGGCAGUGGACUGUGGGCUGCUGCAUGUGUCGCGGCUGCUCCCGUUGUGUCAGCUCUUGCGUGUCAGCAAUGCACGUGCGGUCGCGGCACUUUUAGACGCACUUGUCGAAAACGUGGCUGCAUUUUCGACAUUGUUGACACAAGUGCAGCAACUGUAUUGUCAGCAACUUACUGACGUGUACGAUUGUACGGUGCAGCUAUCGGUACAAAAACAGGACCAAGAUGUUACGCAGCUGAGUCGACGCUGUUACGAGCUGAGUCUGUCACUAAAUGGCAUGACAACGGCCACGUCGGUAACAAAGUUGCUACUGCUGCUGCACAACAGUAACGACAACAACCACAAGGACGGGCCGAUCGAGCUGUUGUUGCACAACGAGUCGCUGCUCUAUGGACUCGUGCGGUGCUACGAAGUGGUGGUGCCGACUUUGCAUCGACAGUUGGGUCUCGUCCUGGACGAUGGAAAGACGACGCAGCCGCAUCUGCUGAUGAUUGCAAAGAUUCGACAGACGCUGUUGCAAGUGCUGGGGCGAUGCGUGGACGUGAUGCUGGACGAGACCACCUCGAUCGAUGCCGAGAAGCUGCUGGCUGGACUGCAUGCUCUGAGCGAUGGCUGCGUCGACGAAGUCGGCAAUGCAGAGCACGGGUCGUUCGUGAGCGACUUGUGGCAUCUAUGCGGAUACAAAGAAAAGGUCGCAGCCUGCUUUCAGCGUUGCGAGUUUGAUCUGGAGCACUAUGCGUACCUCGGCAUGGUGAUGGACGGACUCCCGCGACGACGCAUCCUUCCAGCGAUGCUCGUAAACGACUUGGCUGCAGAAUCGAAGCGAAGACCGACAGCUGUGAUCGAUUCGAAGGACUGCAAGCCGUCUGGGAUCAGUGGUAUCGGUAAAGCGACAAGUCCUGGCGUGUCUCUGAGCGAUACGACAGACGCAGUGCUGGUGUCAAUGAUCCAUCAAGUCCAAGACUUUUUUCCUGAUCUGGGAGAAGGAUACGUUGAGCUUUGUUUGUUGAGCGCGAAUGUACAAGUCGAGACCGUGGUCGACUUCCUGCUCGAACGCAAUCCUCCGCCCAUGCUGCUUGGCGUGUCACAGGAUCUAAAGCGAACGGACCCUGAGUUUGCACGCUUGAAGGCCCAGAUUACUGGGAAAGCCGCACCUGAAGUGGAGGCUGAUCAUUCGACGAUGCUUCAUCCGAGCCAAGUAUGGGUGGGCAAGAAGACAAUGGAAAAGACGUACGACCCCCAAAGUGUGAAGAAGGAUGGGCAGCUGUAUGAGAAGAUGAAGGAGCUAGUUAUGACGUACGAGGACGAGGAUGAUAGCGACGGAGACGUGGAUCGCGUGGACAACGCUGUGGGCGGACUCGAUGAAUACGACGACGACUAUAAUGACGAGUUUGACGACUUUGUGCGCUUCACUAUUCGCGACGCCGGUAGCGCAGAUGACCAGGAUACUAUUCGCGAACAGAACCGCAAGAUUCGGGCAAAAGAGGAGAAAGAUGCGUUCUGGGAAGGCAUGAAGAACCGCAAUCGUGAGAGCUCUCAGGUCUCUGCUGACGAUCGUCAAAGAGACGAUGAUGGAGGACAGGAGAAAGAUUUGGGCGAGCAAAAGGUUUCAGGCACAUCGUCAGGAAGUGCGCAGGUUUCGUCCGACUCGAAGCACAGAACUGCUCGGCGUAAAGGUAGUCAGCCAAGUGGUGAAUCGAGGCCAAGCGAAGCACUAACGCCGCAGCAGAUUCAGCGCCAGCGAGCAAGGAAAGACAAGAACAAGGCUAAAGUCGCGAACCACAACCGGAAGGAUCGCGCGAUGAAAAAGGCGGGCUGA